CAAUAGCAAGAAAAGUUCACCGGAGAUAAGCACCGCGCUGUCAUAAUCUGCAUAAACAGAGGCCGGCUGAGUUAGUCUUUCGAACAAAUGAACUGGUGGAGUUUGUUCAGCGAUUCAGCGACGUAUGGAACCGAAGGCACAGUAGUGUGGCGACGUAGAAAGAACCUCGCUUGGUUUGUUGAUUGUAAAUGCGUAACGGCCGAAUGCAUAUUGUAUUUCGAGCAUCAUGAAAAACAUAUGGCAAAGUGAAGCAAUUUUAAUUGCCGGAAUCCCACUUAUCAAUUCGUGUAGAUGUGUCACCGCACCAGCCGCGUUUUUCCUUCGAUUCACCAAGUAUCAUUUCAAAGACAUCUAUCGAAGUACCAGCUGAGCUGAUGCGCUAACUAAUACACAUAGCAAGAUUUUGAGGAUGUACGCCAAGUUCCUGUUAAAAUCAAGUGAAAUGUGGACUAAUAUUGUGUUGCAAACUAUGCAAAUGGCCUUCAGGCGAUGUUUUUAAAAUCUACGUAACGGCCAAGUAGCCGUAAAAAACAUGUAGAGAUGCCGUUUAAAAGCGACAACUUCGCUGCCCUCAAACGCCGAUACACCCGAUACUCUAUUCGAACAGCGAUGUUUUUUGACUGGCACAAUCGACGUGGUUGGAAUCGCAAGAUUAUUAUGUGUGCUCUCAUAGUGUUCUUCACUAUAUAUAUACCGCUCAUAAUAUAUCAUUUAAGAGCAACGCGGGAUAAGCAGGCAACCACGCUUUGUGUAGCCAUUCUUUCGACGCCUAAUAAAGAGGGUGCCCAUAAACGGGCCGCUUGUCGGGAUAGUUGGCUCACGCUGGCUCCUGAAAAUGAUGCUGCUGUCAAAACAUUUUUUUUCCUUGGUCAGCCACUGGCGCAUCUUUUAAAAGGACCCCUUGGCGAGGAUCGGGCAGAAAGUGAGCCGGGGGUCGCGUUGAAUUCAAUCAAGAAAUCGAUUCUUGAAGAACAACAAGCAUAUGGUGACCUAGUUGACUUACCCUUGGACGAUCACUACGCGAAUCUUAGUCUAAAGGUCCUUCAAACUAUUAAGUAUCUUUCUGAAAACGAACAGUGCAAAUUUAUUUUCAAGGCCGAUGAUGACACAUUUGCCCGACUUGACCUAAUGCUUGCAGAACUAACGAAUGUCAAUUUGGACAAAUGGCUUUAUUGGGGCUAUUUUACAGGACGUGCGUCCGUAUACCAUAAAGGAAGAUGGGCUGAAAACAAUUGGUUCUUAUGCGACCGAUACUUGCCAUACGCCCGCGGCGGAGGUUACGUUUUCUCUGGUGGAUUAGGAAAGUUCAUUGCGGAUUAUGUGGAUGUUUGGGAGAGGUAUGUUAAUGAGGACGUGUCGUUUGGUGCGUGGACUGCCGGCUUAACGUUAAAAAGAGUGCACGAUCCUCGAUUCGAUACAGAAUAUCUAUCCCGGGGUUGCCUUAACUCGUAUCUGGUCACUCAUAAGCAGAAGCCAGAGGAGAUGCGCCGGAAAAUUCAAAAUUUGAAAAACACUGGUCAAAUGUGUGACGUCGAAGGCGAAGCUCGGUCAAGCUACGAAUACAACUGGAAGCUACCGCCUACACAAUGCUGUGAUCAGCAAUAUAACAGGCGCAAAAUCACGUUUAUCAAAUAAAGUAAAUCAAUCAGAGAUAAAUCGAAUAAAGUAACUAAAAGUAUUAUUUA